AUGUCUACCACCAAACAAGCUGCCACCCCAGUCCCAGAGUCUGUCUUGAAGCAGAGAGCCACCUCUCAGAAGAAGACCGUCGAUCUUGCCAAGCUUCGUCGCGCUUCCCGCUUGAGAGCCUCAAGAUUGAGAGCCAAGUACUUCCUCCGUGCCGAGAAGUACGCUCGUGAGUACCGUAACGCCGAGCGCAAGCAGGUCAGCCUCAAGCGUCAGGCCAAGAACACCAACGUGUUCUACGUCCCACCCGAGGCUAAGGUUGCCUUUGUCAUCCGUAUCCGCGGUAUCAACGGUAUUGGCCCCAAGCCACGCAAGAUCCUACAGCUCCUCCGUUUGCUCCAGUUGAACAACGGUGUCUUUGUCAAGUUGAACAAGGCCAUGAUCAACAUGUUGAAGCUCGUCGAGCCAUACAUCGCCUACGGUUACCCCAACCUCAAGUCAGUCCGCGAGCUCAUCUACAAGAGAGGUCACGCCAAGAUCAGAGGUCAGCGUAUCCCACUCGUCAACAACGAGAUGGUCUUCGACGGUCUCAAGCGUUACGGAAUCAUCUGCGUUGAGGACAUCAUCCACGAGAUCUUCACCUGCGGCAAGAACUUCCGUGAGGUCAACCGUUUCCUCUGGGCCUUCAAGCUCAACUGUCCACGUGGAGGUUUCAACCACAAGAAGAUCCAUUUCCUCGAGGGAGGUGAUGCUGGCAACCGUGAGCACCUCAUCAACAACCUCAUCAGAAAGAUGAAC